AUCAAAACAAGAAAAUGGCGUUGGAGGAUUUCGAAAAAGCUCUGGCCGAAGAAGGUCGCGAGAGACAAGAGAAGGGCGACAGAGAGAAACGUCACCGCGAUCGCGAUCGCGACCGCAGCUCCAGACACCACCGACACCGACACCAUCGCCAUUCGUCGCGAUCUAGAGAACGGGGAUCAGAAAGACGAGACCGCGAGUCCCGGUACAGCGAUGAAAAUGGCCAUCGCCAUAAGCGUUCGCGCCAUUCCACGGAUCACGGCGACGACCGAGACCGCUCCCAUAAACGCCGACACCGACACGAAAGCAGAGACGAUGGAUCAGCGGAGACACGGGAGCCAGUGAAAGAGGUGGUCCAGGAAGAGCCAAGUCGUCCGAAACGGGAUGAUUGGAUGGAGGCUCCAUCUGCCCUCGACGUGGACUACGUCAACCGGCGCGACUCGACGCGCUUACAGGAGUCGCAGCCGAAGAUGCUCCAGGCGGAUUUUGACCUGAAGAUUCACAACCGGGAGAUCAAUAACCAUUUACAUGAUUUGAAGGAUGGAAAGGCUCUUGAAGAGGUCGAGGAGGAACCGGCGCAACAUGAAGUGGAUUACGAGUUCGGCGAUGCUGGCUCUCAAUGGAGAAUGACGAGACUCAAGGCGGUCUAUCGAGAGGCGGAGGAGACUGGGAAAUCGGUGGAAGAAAUCGCCUUCAACCGUUUUGGAGAUGUGCGCUCAUUCGAUGAUGCGCGGGAAGAAGAAGCAGAAUUAGACCGUCGCGAGACCUACGGCGAAGGCUACGUGGGCAAAGUGAAGCCGUCCGGGGAACUCUUCCAAGAGCGGAAGCUCGAUAAUAAUGUCCGGAGAGAGUCCCAUGAACACGUCCGGUCACCAGGUCGAGAACAUGAAGCCCAAGGCCAGGGCAAGCCGAUGGAAACUGAACCGCCUGCGAAUACCACACAACAUCUCGAUCUAACCGCCCUCAACCGACUCAAAGCCCAAAUGAUGAAAGCGAAACUGAAGGGUGCUCCCGAUGCGGCCGAGCUCGAAGAACGCUACAAUACAGCUACAGCCUCGAUGGCUAACCGCAAGGAAUCUGAUGUGGUGGUGCUUGGUGUCAUGGAAAAUCGGAUGUUGGCCGGAAAGAGGAACGAAGUCAAGCAGGUCGAAACCAAGAGAGGCCGAGAACGGGGUAAUGUGGAGGAGAAUGAGGAUAUGAGCAUUGAAGAUAUGGUUCAAGAAGAACGGCGAAGCCGGGGUCAAUUUGGAGGUGAUGGACGCCGGUUGGCGGACAGAAUUGCGAAGGAUUCCAAAUUUGAGAAUGAUCUGGAGUACAUGGACGACAACGCCUCCAAGUUGGCUCGACGCGUGCAUCGAUCCGAAAUCGACAUCAAGAAUACUGCCAUCAACGAUUUCCAGAAGAUGAACCGGAUCCUGGAUAACUGUCCCCUCUGCCAUCACGAGGACACGAAUACACCACCAAUUGCACCUGUGGUAUCACUGGCCACGCGGGUAUUCUUGACACUCCCAACAGAGCCCGAACUGAACGAAGGAUGCGUCACCAUUGUUCCUAUCCAACAUCGCACCAACCUCAUGGAAUGCGACGAUGAUGAAUGGGAGGAAAUCCGCAACUUCAUGAAGAGCUUGACCCGCAUGUAUCACGAACAAGGCCGCGACGUGAUUUUCUACGAAAAUGCUGCUCAGCCUCAACGCCGGAGACAUGCAGCAAUGGAAGCGGUGCCACUCCCAUACAGUCUGGGAGAGACAUCUCCAGCGUUCUUCAAAGAAGCAAUUCUCUCCUCGGACUCGGAAUGGUCCCAACAUCAGAAGCUUAUCGACACUCUCGCCAAGUCGAGGCAGGGACUGGGACGGUCAGCUUUCCGUCGUUCCCUCGUGAAGGAGAUGCCCUACUUCCAUGUUUGGUUUGAGUUAGAUGGCGGAUUGGGUCACGUCGUCGAGGAUGAAAACAAGUGGCCCAAGGGCGACCUGUUUGCACGAGAAAUAAUUGGAGGGAUGCUGGAUAUAGGGCCAGAAAUCAUUAAGCGACAGGGACGGUGGCAGCGGGGCGGUGAUAGACGUGUCGAACCAUUCCGACGACGAUGGAAGAAAUUCGAUUGGACUCGGGUAUUGGUUGAGGGAUAAUAUAGCACCUUUCCAUUUUGGCGUUGGAUAGAGCGCUAAUCAAAGUCACUGUAUCAGAGCACUCUAUUUCGGUGCUCAAUAUACUCAUGGUAAUAGUAUUCAAUUCAUUCCAAGCUAGACAUGUCAAACUCUACUCUGAACAGAGCAAUGGUUAUAAAUCUCCC